UAUAAGCUUACCGCAUACAAUUUUUUUACAUCCUGACAUCACGUUCGGUCUAUUCUUUCGUCCGGGUGCUUAACCAAAUCUGAUGGAUGUAAGAUCCGUCACGUAAUUCAUACAAGCGGUUACAAUUUUAUAUUGGAUACGUCUAUUGCCUGACAACAAGAGUUUGUUUCAAUAGAUUUGCGAAAAAAAUGAGCGAACUCGUUUGGGGAAUAAAAAAUGGUGAUCUCGAGCAAGUUCGGGAUAUCGUUGAGAAUAAGAAUAUCGAUGUAAAUCAAAUGAUAGAUGGAAGAACACCAUUACAUUAUGCUGCAGAUUAUGGACAAUAUGAUGUAGUUAGAUAUCUUUUAGAGAAAGGUGCGGAUGCUAAUGCUACAGAUAAGCAUGGUAUAACAACAUUACUGGCUGCAAUUUGGGAAGGCCAUACUCAUUGCGUUAAGUUAUUGUUAGAAAAAGGUGCUAGACCGGAUGGAUUAACUCCCGAUGGGACAAGUUAUUUGAAUGCCGCCGAGAAAGAAGAAAUCAAACAACUUCUCAGAAUGCACUAGCAGAAAUCCAAACGUAUACAAGGCGAUAACUUUUUUUAUUCUAGUAUGUUAAUGUUCUUAAUAUAAUAUCGCGAUUGCUUUGUUUUUAAUUUCGUGCAUACUUUUAACCAUCAUAUUUAUAUAUAUAUAUAUAUAUGUGUAUAUAUAUAUAUAUAUUUUAAAUGAAGGCUGUCAGAAAUAUGGGGGUCACAGUUUUAUAACGAUAUGUCGCACAUGAAAGAUACAUAAUCAGGGAAUUAUUUUUUAGUAGAUUUUCAAUUAUACCAAUAAGUAAUAAGUUCUAAAUUUAUACUGUAUAGUAACAUCUUUUUAUGUGUUAUAUGCAUUGGAAUUAUUAUAUUAUUUUUCCAAUUUAACCAAAUUAUACUGUAGAGAAUAUUUUGAUACAUUCUAUAAAAUGAAUUCAUUUUAAUCUAUUUAUUAUUCGUUUAUUAAUAUCGAUCAUUCCUUUCACAUAUCUUUUACGAAGGCUGCUUUAAUCUUAUAUUUAUAAUCACUAAAAGUAAAAAAAAGAAAAAAAAAAAAAAGAUAAAAAAAGAAUUUAGUUACAAUAUAAACAUUAAGUAUUACUAAAAAUGGAGAAUAUCUAACAAUGUGAGUUUCCAUUUGAAUUAUUUUUUGAGAUUACUUUAUUUUCAAUCCUGGCUAAAAGUUUCUUUUUCUUAAAUAUAAACUAUGUCAAAAAAGAUUACGAAUGAGUUUGUGAAGAUCAUAUCUCAUAUAUAUUGUCUCGGAAGAUAAAAAAAAAAUGUACAAUAAUCAAAAAUCAUAAGUCAUUGGAGCAUUGUUAUGAAUUUUGUUGACUCUCUUGUCAACUUCAUACACAUGACUAAAAGUUUAUUAGAGUGCUGCGCAUUCAACUGGCCUAUUCUGUGAGAUUUAAUACCAACUUGAUUGGUAUGGCAUUCAUCCACAUGCAUUGCAUCCCUUCUACUAGUAGGUGGUACAAAAUUAAACCGAUUGUUUAAUAGCAAAGUUAGCAAAAUAUUAUGACACAUAUGUAGAUGUCUGCUUAGUGGAACAGGCUAAAGAGGAAAAGACUGUAAUAUAUAAUCGAUGAAUUUAUGCAAUAUAUAACAUGCGUUUUGUAUAUUUUUGUUCUGUUUUAAUGUUAUGUCACAUUUGGAUGUUUGCAAAAUGAAUACAUGUAUACAUUGAUAAUA